AUGGCGCCUCCUCGCAUCGAAGCACAAGAAAUCGAGACGUACUGGAACAUCUUCUCCACCCGGACGGGCGGGGGCCAGUUCCUGACGGGAGAACAGGCCGCGCCGGUGCUGAAGAACAGCGGCCUGACGGACAACCAGCUCGAGAGGGUGUGGGAUCUCGCCGACGUCGACAAUGAUGGUAAUCUCGACUUUGAGGAGUUUUGCGUUGCUAUGAGAGUUAUUUUCGAUAUUCUGAACGGCGAAUACUCAGAUGUCCCAACGACACUCCCCGAUUGGCUCGUCCCCGAGUCCAAGGCACAUCUCGUCCAGGCGAAUCGCGCGCUCACAGGAAGGCAAGUGGCGUUCGAGCAAGUCGACGACGACCCAGACUCGCCAGGGCUGAAGGACGGAUUCGACUGGUACAUGAGCCCAGCGGACAAGUCCAAGUAUGAGUCGAUAUACCAAGAGAACCGGGAUGCACGGGGACAAGUAGCAUUCACUGCUCUGGAGGACCUCUACGAAUCCCUCGACGUCCCCGACACCGACAUCCGCUCCGCCUGGAACCUCAUCAACCCCUCGGCCGGCCCCUCCAUCAACAAAGAUGCCUGCCUCGCCUUCCUCCACAUUCUCAACAACCGCCACGAAGGCUUCCGCAUCCCGCGCACCGUCCCCGCCUCCCUCCGCGCCUCCUUUGAGCGCAACCAGAUCGACUACCAACUAGACAACCAGACCCCGGGCGCCUCCCGAUGGGCGACAAAGGCCGACGACUCGACAGCGACGGGCCGCAAGGCCAAGUUUGGCGACCAGUACCUCACCCGCCUGGGCCGCAGCGGCUUCAAAUCCAGCGGAACCGACUUCUCCACAGCCAAGACGGACGACUGGGAGGAGGUCCGCCUCAAGAAGCAGCUGCAGGAGCUCGACGAGAAGAUGGCCCGCAUCGAGGCCGACGUCGAGCGCAAGAAGGGCGGUAAGCGCGACGGCAAACCCGCCCUCGUCAAGCGCGAGCUUGAGCAGCUGCUCGACUACAAGCGCAAGGAGCUCAAGGACCUCGAGAGCGGUGCCGGCAAGGGACAGGGCGGCGGUUCUGGGCUGAAGGGGGUAUCGGAUGAUUUGCAGACGGUCAAGGAGCAGGUUGAGGGUCUUGAGACGCAUCUCUCGGCGCGGCAGCACGUGCUUGACCAGCUGCGGAGGGAGAUUGAGGAUGAGAAGUCCAGCAGAUGA